CCUAUCAGCAUCCAGGAAAUUACCUACUUUUGACCUACAUGGGCUCAUCAGUUGUUAUAAAUACUGCAGUUCUCAUGUUUGGGGAAUGUGAAAAGGAGGAUUUCCAAGCUGGGGGUCACCAUAGGAUGAAACCACGUUAAAAAUAAAGAAGACGACGAUGAUGAUGAUGACUGCAAGGGCACAACAGUAGUAUUGUGUCCAUUUCCCAUGACAGACCCAUGCAGAUGUCUUUGCCACAGCGUCUAUCAGUCGUCUAUUUUUAGCAGGCUCUGAAGCUGCCAUUUGCCUGCGAGGUAAGCGUCCGUCUGCUCCUGGGGAGAUACUGCGGCACUGAGUCAUGGUCCCAUUGCUGUGUGGCUCUCAGGUUCUUCGUGUUGCUUAAUUAGGGCAUCCCGGAAGAGGCCCGGUGCUGUGCGCAGCUGACUGACGGGGCAGGGAGGCAGGACGAGAGCGCACGGCAACAGCACACAGUCCCGAAUCCGUCCCAGGGUAUACACAACAAAAUAUCCGGACAGAAAUUUGCUGCGGACCAGUGAGGGAGGUUUGUCACCAUGGAUGGUUUAAUGUUGCGGCUGGAGCGAGCUGUGACUCGCCUGGAGCAGGUAUCCGUCACCAUGCAGGCGUCCAGUGGCAUGGCUAACGGGGACUGUGUCAAUGGCAUCGAUGGAGGUUUGACUCAGUGUGUGGAGGCCUUCGACUUGCUACUGAGGGGUCCAGUGUCAGACUACGUGAACCACAGCCGAGCCAUAGGAAGCGAGGUGGAGAAACAUGCAGAGAUGGUGAAGGAUGCCCUGCAGACUCAGAGAACGUUCCUCAAACUGGUCACCACACACCAGGAACCUGCACAGACCGAGCUUCAGGACCUGCUGAAGCCAAUUUCGGAUCACAUCCAGGAGAUUCAGAACUUCAGAGAAUGCAACCGUGGUAGCAGCCUCUUCAACCACCUUUCAGCUGUCAGCGAGAGCAUCCCCGCUUUAGGCUGGGUCGCUGUGAGUCAGAAACCGGGUCCAUAUGUGAAGGAGAUGAAUGAUUCUGCCACCUUCUACACCAACAGGGUGCUGAAAGACUACAAGGAUAUCGACAGACACCAUGUGGACUGGGUGCGCUCCUACCUGUCAAUCUGGACAGAGAUGCAGGCCUUCAUCAAGCAGCACCACACCACCGGACUGGUGUGGAGCAAGAGUGGCCCCAUUGCUCCUUCUUCUCUCUUUGAGCCCCCCACCGACUCCAGUACUCCCUGUCCCCCACCUCCACCCGGCCCACCUCCAGUCUUCACAGACAAUGACUCCCAGCCUCAAGCAGGCAAUGCGGUGGCACAGCACUCUGCACUAUUCGCUCAGCUUAACCAGGGCAUGGACAUCACUAAAGGUUUAAAGCAUGUCUCAGAUGAUGAGAAGACCCAUAAGAACCCAAAUCUGCGCUCUCAAGCAACCCCAACCAAAACCAAGUGCCCGGUGACUGUGAACCCACCCAGAGCUGCCGUUCAGAAAAGAGCCCCUCUGCUGGGGCUAGAGGGGAAGAAAUGGAGAGUGGAAAACUUUGAGCAGAAACAUGACCUGAUGAUCGAGGACACGGAGCUAAAACAGGUGGUCUACGUCUUCAACUGUAACAACUCCACUUUGCAGAUUAAGGGCAAAAUUAACUCCAUUAUCAUAGACAACUGUAAGAAGCUGGGUCUGGUUUUUGAGAACGUGGUUGGGAUUGUGGAGAUCAUCAACUCCAAGGCAAUUCAAGUACAGGUGUUGGGUACAGUUCCCACCAUUUCCAUCAACAAGACAGAGGGCUGCCAGGUCUACCUGAGUAAAGACUCCCUCAGCUGCGACAUUGUCAGUGCCAAGAGCUCCGAGAUGAACAUCCUGGUACCAGAAGGAGAUGAUGACUAUAGAGAGUUUCCAGUCCCAGAGCAGUUCAAGACUGUUUGGGAUGGCUCCAAACUGGUGACAGAACCCACUGAGAUUGCAGGCUGAUUGACACUUCAUGGUCUCUGUCACCAGCACAGCCAUCAUCAUCAUCACUGUUACCUGGAUUUCAUAGAUAUACUGUACGUAAAAGGGAAUUUCAUAUGCUGGCACUGCAACUUGAACUAUUGGUCCAGUCAUAUUUGCUGUAAUUGUUACUUCAUGAAAUGUUUCUCUAGCACUUUUAAGCUUUUGAUUGUAGUGAACCAGUGAGUAUAUUGAUUAUCCCUGUCAACAUCCCCACAAAA